AUGUCAGUAGUCUUGCACAUCCCACCCAAACCUGAAACUUCUGCCAAGUUGGUACAAAAAGCAAAGCAGCUGAAACUGUGGAAGAAAACAAGGCGUACGGCUCGCACGAAGGUCGGAUCUUUAAAACACCACAUCACCAACUGUGCGGGAGCCGUGCCGCAGCCGGGCCGGGCCGUGCCCGCGGCUCCGCCCUCGGGGCGGGCAGCAACAGAACCGCUCAGCCCUGCACCGCCGACCUCCUGCAGACGGUGCGGGACUGAACGGAGGUGCCGUGCGGAGCCGGGAAGAAGCAUGAUCAAGAUGAAUUGUGUCCUGCUAACCGCCUGCAUUGUUCUGCUUGCUUUCUCUAGUUCUGGUUAUGCCCUGAGGUGCUAUCACUGCGAGAACAGCCCUUCCUUGUGCAAAACCAACAGCACUUGCUUAUCAAAUGAAGACACUUGCUUGCAGAUGAGAUUUGGUAAAUUGAGAACAUCCUCCUGCUGGAAGUUGUCUCAGUGCAACGUGAAUGAUAUUGCUGUAUUCUAUCAGUUGGAUAACUUUGAUUACUUUUGCUGCCAACAAGACUUGUGCAAUGAGGGUGCAGUCACUGGGAUUAACAAGGCAGCUUUCAGUAUUGCUUCUGUAAUGGCCAUGUUAUGGAUGCUUCUGUAGCAAUCCUGGUCUGUAUGCUGUAUUUCCAAGCUGAAAUCAUACAAAAUCAUUAUUAACCCUUUUCUCAGUUGUACUUCUUGCACUUUCAGUUCCUAGCUGUGGGCUGAAACAAGGCCUUUUAAUUUUCAAUUCUUUUUUUUAAGGUUCCACCUGGUAAACUGCUGUCUCCAUUUAUGUGAAGGAGACCAAUAUUGUUAACACUUUCAGUAAGUUUUGGCAUGACAUCUGCUCAGUGAAAAUACCUAAUUCUGGAGUAGUGUUACAUUGUGGAGGACCUGGGCAAACCCUUGAGGUUGAUAUGGAAAUGAAGGAAUAAUGUAUGUUUUAUGAUGGAAAACUGUAAUUUCUUACUAUACCAUGAAUUUUAAUUAAUUUUGAGAUUUUGGUUCUUUUGGAUGCUACCUUUUCAUUCACAAGGCAGUGGGUUUACCCUCAACACAGAAAGCGUUGAAUCAGAAGCAUAAACUUGCUGCAGUAUUCAUGAAGUAUUUGUUUUUUAGGUGAUGCAGACUCUUUGUUCCUAUCAUGUAACGUUUUUUUUCAUUUAUACAAACCAAUAACAUAAUGAUCAGUACCAUUAUUUUGGAGGAAAGCAUUUAACUUUCUUAAAACAAAACCAAAAUAAUGCUUUUAGUGAGGAAAACUCCUCCUUUUUUUAUAUUUCUGUGGGCAUGCAGAUUACAUAUGCCAGCUUCUUUUCUGGGCUUUCAUUUUACAGUUUAGUUUUGCUUAUAUUUUUUCUCCAAGUCUAGAUUUUAAGCUAAGCAUGUGCUUUGCACUAAAUAUUUCUUGGUAUACCAAAAAUUGUUUAUAAAAUGCUAAGGAAUUAAAAUGGCACAGCUAGUUUACUUUCCUGAGUAAUCAGCUUUUGUUUUUGUUGAAACACAUGCACAGGUAAACUUAAUCCUUUAGGCUUCCAUAAGAGCAUUAAACAAAAAUUUGCAGACCUUUAUAUUUUGACCUUUGUGCAACUGUAUAAAUGCCAGUCAAACCACACAUGCAUCUAAAUAGCAUGAAGAAUAACGCUCGGUUUGUGUGUGUACGACUUCUAGAGCUCGAACACUGCACAUUGUUUUGAUUCAGUGGUGGAGACAGACCUUUGGUGCUUCCCCUGGUCUUAGGGAGCCUCUCAGUUAAGUACGAUGCCAAAUUUUCCUUUGACAAGUUUGGAAUUUUUAGCAUGCUCUCGCAAGAGUAAUGGUCCAUAGCCAAUGGUAUAUUCUUUUCCGAGGGCUCUGGCUCGUGCUGUCCAGGGUGUCAGUGACACUGGCUCACUCAGUCAUAACAAAGGCAAGGGACUGCAUUGUGUUACUCCAAACCAUCAUGUAUUCUGCAAAGCACCUUUUGGCUAAGCUUACCUUAGCUAUGAAAACAUCCUGGGAUCUCUCUGGUCACUCAAAAUAUGAAAGCUAUGCUGUCUUUGGUUAAUAAAAAUGUAAAAAA